GCGCCAAGAACCAAGGAUUGAUAGCGAGCGGCCCGCAACCUCAAAGCGAAGCCUGAUGACGCCGCUGAAAGAAGAUCAGAAGAUGAGCCAGAUCUUGAGGCGGUGGCUUGGAGCCGCAAGAAUGAGAGGGUGUGGGGCGUGCCUCGAGCACCUUGGGUGGUGAUGGGCCCUGAGGUCAAAGACCAUACAGGGAUGAGCUUGGAGAAGCUUGCCAGAGACCACUUGCCCCCGACAGGGUGCUUGUCAUAUCUGAGUGAGGUUCUUUAGUGGGCAAUCGCUGUGUGACGGAGUCGCGGUUGGUCGAGCAGAGCAGAGCUUGAUCAACGCGGGAUAGGUCACUCAACGGCAGUGAGUGAAAAGCAUUCAGUGAUUGGCAAGGCCCACUUGUCGUCACUCUUGACUGCCCCAAACUGAAAGCUGUGCUUGAGCCGCGAUAAGCCAAAGGGGUCGUACAGGCGGUUGAAUUGGCACUCGAUCGUGAGGGAGCGCGCAGGCAUCAGCAGGUAUACAGCUGCCCUUCACAUUACCUGCGCGUGGCCCCGCAACAACAACAGUCGCAACCGCGCGACCACAUCGCGAGCGCGUCUUCUAUCUGCUGGUCAGCACUUUGCACCAGCAGCCGCGCCUCGAUGUUUCGCUUGCUCGCCCAUCAGCGUGGGCUGACUUACUGACUGCUUGCAUGGCUGUUGCAAAUCUUUGACUUGAUGAAGUUGACUUUCGCUGUAGUCUGAAAGCUGUCACUCAUGACUUGUGUGGCCCAUCUUGUCUGGACAAGCGCUGGCAGCAUCCAUGUAUCUAGUCAAGAGUCCAGCUGUGCAGCGCGCAAGCAUUCUCCCUCCAUCGUCUUCACCAAGUCGGGUAUUGGACCAAAGACAGCAUAUAGCCCUGGACACUCCUCAAGUGAGUGCUCAUAUAGCGUUCGCUCAGCUUGCGAGCCAGCUCAAAGGUACCUGUCCAACGACUCUCGGCGGCGCCCGUCGCCGAAGUCAUUCUGGCUACGUAGGAGUGGGGCCGAUCGCAACUUUUCGAGUCCCCGGUGCAGGCGCCUGGCCUGACUAAGGUUGUGGCUCGAUGGAGCAGCAUAUUCGCGUUGCCUUUGCAACAAGAUAGUCCCAUCGCAGCUACAGAGCCAAUCAGCCAUCUUCCGCCAGCAUUGUUCGAGCUGACCGUGUUUCUGUUGAGCCCCCAAGUGAUGGUCAGCAGGUGCGUGUCUAUGGCGCAACGGGCGGACGGUGCGCUCGCAGGACCCGCGUCAGAUCAAGGAACAGCGGGGCCGAGACGCGAGCGUGCUUGGCGAGCGGAACUUCGCGCUGAUGCAGCUUUCAAUCUCCACUUGACCCGUGGCAACGCUCGGGACGAGGUUUCUAUACCUUGCACAGACGGCGACAUAAUUUGGACCUGAUGCUACAACGACGCCUGAGAAUACCGCACCAACCCAGAAACGCUCGCAAGCUUGUGUUUGAUUGGGCUCCGAGCCACCAACAAGUUAGCUGAAAGGAACCUUCUCCUAGCGGACCUACGACGAUCCGAAACGCUCUGGCUACUCAA